AUGGACAUAUCCCAGGCAGUGGCCGGCUACAUCUCGAAGAUGGUUGUGCCGGCUGGCGAGACCUCGUCGACAAAGAUGAAGACCCUGAUCCUGGACCGGGAGACAGUCUCCAUCAUAUCCACCGCCGUCACUCAGUCUUCGUUGCUGAACCAUGAGGUGUACCUCAUAGAUCGCCUAGACAAUGCCAACCGCGAAAAGAUGCGCCAUCUGCGCUGUCUAUGUCUGGUCCGGCCAUCUCCCGAGACUAUCCAGCUACUUAUUGAUGAGCUCCGAGAUCCCAAAUACGGGGAAUAUUAUAUCUACUUCACAAACGUGGUCAAGAAGUCGGCACUGGAGCGCCUCGCUGAGGCCGAUGACCACGAAGUCGUCAAGUCCGUUCAGGAAAUAUUCGCCGACUACACAGUCACUAACCCUGACCUCUUCUCUCUGGGGAUCACUCUUCCCCAGCACCGCAUAUGGGCUAGCAAUCCGGACACGUGGAAUCCAGACACCCUUCAGAGAUGCGCCGAAGGUAUAAUGGCUGUGCUCCUGUCCCUCAAAAAGAAGCCCCUCAUCAGAUAUGAGAAGAGCAGCCCCUUGUCCAAAAAGUUGGCGACUGAAGUUCGUUAUCUCAUGGGUCAAGAGGAGCAACUAUUUGACUUUCGCCGUGUCGACACGCCGCCUAUCCUCCUGGUGCUCGACCGUCGUGACGACCCAGUCACACCGCUCCUCACCCAGUGGACAUACCAGGCCAUGGUGCACCACCUUCUUGGUAUUCAGAAUGGUCGUGUAGAUCUGGCCGGUGUACCAGAUAUCCGGCCCGAACUCAAGGAGAUCCUCCUGUCUCAGGAUCAAGACCCGUUCUUCAAAAAGAACAUGUACCUGAACUUUGGAGACCUAGGAGGCAACAUCAAGGACUACGUGGAGCAGUACCAGUCUAAGACCAAGAAUAAUGCCGACCUGGAGUCUAUCUCUGACAUGAAGCGCUUCAUAGAGGAGUAUCCCGAGUUCCGCAAGCUUUCCGGAAACGUCAGCAAGCAUGUCACCCUAGUCUCGGAGCUCAGCAGGAGAGUCGGCACCCACAAUUUGCUCGAAGUGAGUGAGUUGGAGCAAAGCCUGGCCUGUAAUGACAAUCACAACGCCGACCUCAAGAACAUCCAAAGAUUGAUUCAGACUCCCGGCGUGACUGCUGAGAGCAAGGUGGGCCUUGUUUCUCUAUACGCCCUGCGCUACCACAAACACCCGUCCAACUCGGUGCCCAUGCUCACAGAUCUCCUGGUCGCGGCAGGCGACGUCCCCCCCCGCAAGGCCGAUCUCGCCAAAAAAGUCGUCGAUUAUCACUGUUCUCUUCAUUCAUCCCAAAACCAUGGAGGUAUUACCGACAUCUUUGAUUCAGCGGGCAUCUUCUCAGGUGCUACUAACCGCUUCAAGGGCCUGAAGGGUGUUGAAAAUGUCUACACACAGCACAGCCCCCUGUUGGAAAGCACGCUACAGGAUCUCAUCAAGGGCCGCCUCAGAGAGCAACAGUACCCAUUUAUCGAUACCUCUACCAGGGACAAGCCGCAAGAUAUCAUCGUCUUUAUGGUCGGCGGGACCACAUACGAAGAGGCCAAGAUGGUUGCUGGAAUCAACGCUUCGACACCGGGAGUUCGUGUGGUUCUUGGCGGCACGUCUAUCCAUAACUCGGAAACUUUCCUAGAGGAGGUAUUUGUUGAUUAUCUUGUAUCCAAACGGCAAUAUGACUUACUAACUAUCAACUCUUGCAGGCCAUUCGAUGUUGUCGUUAUUGGCGGUGGACACGCAGGUGCUGAAGCCUGCGCCGCCGCUGCCAGGGCUGGCGCGCGAACAGCACUCAUCACGCCCAGCAUCGACAAUUUGGGCACAUGCUCCUGUAAUCCGAGUUUUGGAGGAAUCGGAAAGGGCACAAUAAUUCGCGAGAUCGAUGCCCUCGAUGGACUUGCCGGGAGAAUAAUUGACAAGGCUGGCGUGCAGUUCCAUCUAUUGAAUCGCAAAAAGGGCCCCGCCGUAUGGGGGCCCCGUGCGCAAAUCGACCGAAGCCUCUACAGGAAAUACAUGAAGUCCGAGCUCCAGACGUAUCCGAACCUCUCCAUCGUAUUCGACAGCGUGUCGGAUAUUGUUCUCGCCGAAGACGAUGCCUCCUACCAAUCUGAAACAGUGGGUAGGAUCGCCGGUGUUCGCCUUGAAUCCGGCCGCGUCUUGCCUACCUCGAGGGUGGUCAUAACUACAGGAACCUUCCUGGGAGGCGAAAUACACAUCGGUCUGCAGAGCUAUCCAGCGGGCCGGAUAGGUGAGGCCGCGACGUUCGGCCUGAGCAAGUCCUUGAAAGACGCCGGGUUCGAGUUGGGAAGGCUGAAGACGGGAACCCCGCCGCGCAUCGAUAAAUCCUCCAUCGACACCAGCAAUCUCGAGCCGCAAUUCGGUGACCAACCCCCCAUGCCGUUUAGCUACCUUAACGACAAAGUUGCCGUCCAAGAUCAGCUAUCGUGCUACAUCACUUACACGAACGAUGCCACACAUGAGCUUAUCCGCCAGAACCUUGAGAACACGAUACAUAUCCGGGAAACAGUCAAGGGUCCUCGAUAUUGCCCAUCGCUCGAAUCCAAGGUUAUUCGCUUUCCGCAAAAGCAGCGCCACAUCGUGUGGCUAGAGCCUGAGGGUUUCGAUAACCAUGUCAUCUACCCCAAUGGGCUGUCCAUGACGGUUCCUGUCGAUGUGCAGGAGCGGGUGCUGCGCUCGAUCAAGGGACUCGAGAACGUCAAGAUGCUACAGCCGGGCUAUGGAGUUGAGUACGACUACGUAGACCCUCGUGGACUAAAGUCAACAUUAGAGACCAAGGCAAUUGAUGGACUCUAUCUGGCGGGUCAAAUCAACGGAACUACGGGCUAUGAGGAAGCUGCAGGCCAGGGUGUCAUCGCUGGUAUCAAUGCUGGCAGGGCUGCUGUUGGUCUCCCUGGUGUUUCUCUGUCCAGGUCUGACGGCUACAUUGGCAUAAUGAUUGACGACUUGGUCACCAAAGGCGUGACAGAGCCAUACCGCAUGUUCACCUCGCGCAGCGAGUUCCGCAUGGCGGCGAGAGCGGAUAAUGCGGACCUGCGCCUGACGGAGAAGGGCAGGGACUGGGGGGUCGUGUCUGACAGACGAUGGAAUGCGUUUUCAGAUGAGAAGCAGCAGAUGAAAGAUCUGACAAAGGCCCUCGAGGCGGUCUCAUUCAGCCCCAAGCAAUGGGGUGAGCAUGGCAUCAAGGUCAGGACUGACACCCGUCGGCGGACAGGAGUUGACUUGCUCCAAAUCUCCAACACCAACGCACGCAUCGACAUUGACAGUCUCGAGUCGGCCAUACCCAGCGUGGCAUCAUUCACACCCCGGAUCAAGGAACGGGUGACGCUUGAGUCCAUAUACGCCCCUUACAUCAAGAUCCACGCAACUGAACACGGCAGAUUUUCCAACGAUGAGACUAUCAGGCUGCCUCUGGAUCUUGAUUAUGAGACUGUGGCCGGUCUCUCCAUUGCUGAGCGUCAAGUCCUCCAGAAGACGCGCCCAGAGACACUUGCUCAGGCUCGUCGAGUUGAAGGCGUCACACCUUCUGGAAGUUUGAGACUCCUAGCUCAUGUACGCCGCAGUCCUCGCAGAGCUACGGAAAACUCAGCAAUAUCUAGAGAAGAAGUCCAAUGA